UGCGUUCAGUUCAGUUUAGCAACCGACCGCGACCGGCGAACAUGCCUCGUAACAAAUUCGCGCCUUUUUUCAUCGCAGUAAUAACACUAUUUCCUCACGAUGUUUGUGGCCAACGCAAGCCUAUCAAGGAGGCUCUAUUCCUCAACAAUGAUAUUUACGCAAAUGCUUCAUUCGAGGAUUGCGUGUGGCGACGGGAUCGCGAGCCAUGUCCUGACCCCAACGUCAUCAUCAACUUGUAUACAGAGUCGGAGCCAUUCAAGAAAACUGUAGACUUGUUCAGCGAGGACUGGUUGCGACAGAGCGGUUGGGAGCCCUCGCACGAAACCAUCUUGCUGAUACACGGCUAUGCUGGCGGAGAUGAUACCUUGCCUAUCGUCGUACUUAGAGACGCGUACUUGCGUCGCGGCGGCUACAACGUACUGAUGGUAGACUGGGGCGCACUGUGCCAGCCGCCGUGCUACGUGGCGGCCGUACACAACCUACGACCGGCGGCGCGCUGCGUGGCGCAGGCGCUGGGCGCGCUCCGCCAGGCCGGGCUGCGCCCCGACAGGCUCACUUGUGUCGGACACUCGCUGGGCGCCCACAUGUGCGGCAUACUAGCAAACUAUCUCACCUUCAGGCUUAAUAGGAUUAUUGGUCUGGACCCGGCGCGGCCUCUGAUCCGGUCUGCACCCGCGCUGCGACUGGACCCGGGCGAUGCGCGCGCCGUGCACGUGUUGCACACCAACGCCGGCCGUUACGGGGAAGCGGCGCGUCUUGGACACGCGGACUUCUGUCUCAACGGCGGCCGUAGUCAGCCAUACUGCGAGGACACCCCCAACGAAGCGCUAUGCAGCCACGUGUGGUCUAUCUGCUACCAGGCGGAGAGCCUGUUCCGCGCGCGUCAGGCGGCGCCGUGCGGCCGGCGCUGCUCCGUGCGCGUGCCGCCCGCGCGCGCCGCCGCCCUGCCCGUGCCGCUCGGACAGCCCGCGCCCAUGACGGCGUCCGGUGCGUACUGCGUUGAAGACUUCACAGCUCCGUUCUGUCCUGCGACGUCCGGCCUAAAGGAGGGUGACUUGCGGUGCUGCCUCGACAAGCAGUACGCGGCCGCCGCCACCGCCCCCCCGCAGAGACAGCGCCCCCGGCCCCUCGUGCGCCUGCGCGCGCAACGACUCAAACCUGACCCCAUAGAAUAUACCUACCCCGAUAAUAUCACAGACUAUAAUGUAGAAUGAGAUUGUACAAUGACAUACAAACUUUAUGGCCGCUCUUUAUGUACGAAACGCUAAGCACAACACGAUUUUAGGUGUCGUCGGAACCUUGUCCAGGUGCGGCUCUUUGGUUAUCCCGGGACUCUCUUAGUCGCACUCGAGGAUUACCACGGAGGGGUUUUAGUGAAUCAAGUGACCCCUGGCUGCCGUGAGCGGGUAGCAAUACGAGCCGCCAUAAACUUUGAAUCUUAUUAUAUAAUACUUAAAAAUUUAAAUGCAACAUCACUUUUAGGAUUUCAGUAACAUAAGUAAUGAGGAUCAAUUGUACGAAUUGCUGUACGUUUCCACUGCCGAAACAAUUGUACAGAAACAUAUUUUUAGUUUUUUCAGAGGAUGAAUAUGUAGUCUUUUAGUAGAAAACUUUCGGUAAUAAAUUAAGGCAGACGGUACAAAUUAAGACUAUGUUGUAGGGCAUUGAC